GCCUUUCCUGACUCUUCACCUGGACUCUGAGUCGUCUUGGUCCCAGGAGCCAGUAGUGAAUGCAACAGUCUGCCCACCUGUGGACACCAGAUCCUGGGAGCUCCUGGUUGGCAAGUGAGAUCUCUGGGAUGUCAGUGAGGCUGGCUGAAAACCAGAGGUAAACUGCAGAGGUCACCACUCCCACCAUGUCCCAGGUGAUGUCCAGCCCACUGCUGGCAGGAGGCCAUGCUGUCAGCUUGGCGCCUUGUGACGAGCCCAGGAGGACCCUGCACCCAGCACCCAGCCCCAGCCUGCCACCCCAGUGUUCUUACUACACCACGGAGGGCUGGAGAGCCCAGGCCCUGAUGGCCCCCGUGCCCUGCAUGGGGCCCCCUGGCCAACUCCAGCAAGCCCCACAGGCGGAGGCCAAAGCCACCUGCUUCCUGCCGUCCCCUGGUGAGCAGGCCUUGGGGACCCCGGAGGACCUUGACUCCUACAUUGACUUCUCACUGGAGAGCCUCAAUCAGAUGAUUCUGGAACUGGACCCCACCUUUCAGCUGCUUCCCCCAGGGACUGGGGGCUCCCAGGCUGAGCUGACCCAGAGCACCAUGUCAAUGAGAAAGAAGGAGGAACCUGAAGCCUUGGACAUAAAGUACAUCGAGGUGACCUCCGCCAGAUCAAGGUGCCACGAUGGCCCCCAGCGCUGCUCCAGCCCCUCUGUCACCCCACCCUUCAGCUCCCCUCGCAGUGGUGGCCUCCUCCUUUCCAGAGACGUCCCCCAAGAGACACGAAGCAGCAGUGAGAGCCUCAUCUUCUCUGGGAACCAGGGCAGGGGGCACCAGCGCCCUCUGCCCCCCUCAGAGGGUCUGUCCCCUCAACCGCCAAAUUCCCCCAGCAUCUCAAUCCCUUGCAUGAGGGGCAAGGCCUCGAGCCCCCACGGCUUGGGCUCCCCGCUGGUGGCUUCUCCAAGACUGGAGAAGCAGCUGGGAGGCCUGGCCCCACAGCGGGGCAGCAGGAUCUCUGUGCUGUCAGCCAGCCCAGUGUCUGAUGUCAGCUAUAUGUUUGGAAGCAGCCAGUCCCUCCUGCACUCCAGCCACUCCAGCCAUCAGUCAUCUUCCAGAUCCUUGGAAAGUCCAGCCAGCUCUUCCUCCAGCCUCCACAGCCUUGGCUCAGUGUCCCUGUGUACGAGACCCAGUGACUUCCAGGCUCCCAGAAACCCCACCCUAACCAUGGGCCAACCCAGAGCACCCCACUCUCCACCGCUGGCCAAAGAACACGCCAGCAGCUGCCCCCCAUCCAUCACCAACUCCAUGGUGGACAUACCCAUCGUGCUGAUCAACGGCUGCCCAGAACCAGGGUCUUCUCCACCCCAGCGGACCCCAGGACACCAGAACUCUGUUCAACCUGGAGCUGCUUCUCCCAGCAACCCCUGUCCAGCCACCAGGAGCCACAGCCAGACACUGUCAGAUGCCCCCUUCACCACAUGCCCAGAGGGUCCCACCAGGGACAUGCAGCCCACCAUGAAGUUCGUGAUGGACACAUCUAAAUACUGGUUUAAGCCAAACAUCACCCGAGAGCAAGCAAUCGAGCUGCUGAGGAAGGAGGAGCCAGGAGCUUUUGUCAUAAGGGACAGCUCUUCAUACCGAGGCUCCUUCGGCCUGGCCCUGAAGGUGCAGGAGGUUCCCGCAUCUGCCCAGAAUCGACCAGGCGAGGACAGCAAUGACCUUAUCCGACACUUCCUCAUCGAGUCGUCUGCCAAAGGAGUGCAUCUCAAAGGAGCAGAUGAGGAGCCCUACUUUGGGAGCCUCUCUGCCUUCGUGUGCCAGCAUUCCAUCAUGGCCCUGGCCCUGCCCUGCAAACUCACCAUCCCACAGAGAGAACUGAGAGGUGCAGAUGGGGCCUCGGACUCUACAGACAGCCCAGCCUCCUGCCAGAAGAAAUCCGCGGGCUGCCACACCCUGUACCUGAGCUCAGUGAGCGUGGAGACCCUGACCGGAGCCCUGGCGGUGCAGAAGGCCAUCUCCACCACCUUUGAGAGGGACGUCCUCCCCACGCCCACCGUGGUCCACUUCAAAGUCACAGAGCAGGGCAUCACCCUGACGGAUGUCCAGAGGAAGGUAUUUUUCCGGCGCCAUUACCCACUCACCACCCUCCGCUUCUGUGGUAUGGACCCUGAGCAACGGAAGUGGCAGAAGUACUGCAAACCCUCCUGGAUCUUUGGGUUUGUGGCCAAGAGCCAGACAGAGCCUCAGGAGAACAUGUGCCACCUUUUUGCGGAGUAUGACACAGUCCAGCCAGCCUCUCAGGUCAUCAGCCUGGUGACUGCUCUGCUGCAGGAUGCAGAAAGGAUGUAGGGGAGAGACUGCCUGUGCACCUUCCCAACACCUCCAGGGGCUUGAUAAGGAGCCUCCCUCCACCCCCUGAAUGGGUGCGGCUUGUGGCUGUAUUGACAGACCAAUCUAUGGGACUAGGGAGAUUGGCAUCAAGUUGACACCCUUGAACCUGCUAUGGCCUUCAGCAGUCACCAUCAUCCAGACCCCCCAGGCCUCAGUUUCCUCAACCAUAGAAGGAGACCAAUAGACAAGAUCAGCUGUUCUCAGAUGCUGGUGGGCAUUUGAACAUGCUCCUCUAUGAUUCUGAAGCAUGCACACCUCUGAAGACCCCUGCAUGAAAAUAACCUCCAAGGACCCUCUGACCCCAUCGACCUGGGCUCUGCCGACACAACAGUCUGAGUGAGAGACCUGCAGCCCCUGUUUCAUGGCAGACAGCACGUGCCUGGCGGUGACCCACGGGGCCCCUGGCUUGCAGCUGGUGAUGGUCAAGGAUUGACUACAAAACGGGAAUGGAUAGACUCUAUUUCCUUCCAUAUCUGUUCCUCUGUCCCUUUUCCCACUUUCUGGAUGGCUUUUUGGGUCCACCCAGCCAGGAUGCUGCAGGCCAAGCUGGGUGUGGUAUUUAGGGCAGCUCAGCAAGGGGAAUUUGCCCCCAUGGUCAGAGGAGACCCAGUUGUCCUGCACCCCCUUGCAGAUGAGUAUCACCCCAUCUUUUCUUUCCGCUUCUUUCUUUUUUGAGACGGAGUCUCACUGUCGCCCAGGCUGGACUCCAGUGGUGUGAUCUAGGCUCACUGCAACCUCCACCUCCCAGGUUCAAGCAAUUAUCCUGCCUCAGGCUCCCAAGUAGCUGGGAUUAUAGGCAUGUGCCACUCACCCAGUUAAUUUUGUAUUUUUAGUAGAGACGGGGUUUCACCAUGUUGGCCAGGCUGGUCUUGAACUCCUGACCUCAGGUAAUCCACCUGCUUCGGCCUCUCAAAGUGCUGGGAUUACAGGCGCGAGCCACCGCGCCCAGCUUCUUUCCAUUUCUUAAUAGGCGAGUAUUCCAAAGCUGGUAUCGUAGCUGCCCUAAUGUUGCAUAUUAGGCGGUGGGGGCAGAGAUAAGGGCCAUCCCUCUGUGAUUCUGCCUCAGCUCUUGUCUUGCUGAGCCCUCCCCCAACCCACGCUCCACACACACACGCGCGCGCACACACACACACACACACACACACACACGCACGCCCCUCUACUGCUAUGUGGCUUCAACCGGCCUCACAGCCACACGGGGGCAGCAGAGAGUCAAGAAUGCAAAGAGGCCGCUUCCCUAAGAGGCUUGGAGGAGCUGGGCUAGUUCCCACCCCCAACCGCACCCCCACCCCCACCCCCACCCAGCCUCCAGAAGCUGGAACUAUUUCUCCCACAGGCCUGAGUUCCUAAGGAAACCACACUACUGGGGUGGAAGGGAGGGUCCGGGAAGAAGCCCACUCUUGCUCUACGAGGAGCAAGUGCCUGUCCCCUCCCAGCGGCCAGCCCUGCCAAAGUUGCAUUAUCUUUGGCCAAGGCUGGGCCUCACGGUUAUGAUUUCAGCCCUGGGCCUGCGGGAGAGGCUGAGACCAGCCCACCCAGCCGAUGGUCGAGCACUGCCCCGCCGCCAAAGUCUGCAGAAUGUGAGAUGAGGUUCUCAAGGUCACAGGUCCCAGUCCCAGCCUGGGGGCUGGCAGAGGCCCCCGUAUACUCUGCUACAGCUCCUAUCAUGAAAAAUAAAGUGUUUGUCUUUGCAAAACA